UAUCUCCAAUACAACUACUCAGUAGAUAGCUGAUCCACGUUCAACGACAACAACAUCAUCAACAGAGUUGAUCGGUGCUCUGGAAGAGAGUCUACCCGAAGAAGUCGGCGAUCGGCGCUGUCCGGUUUUUGUAUUUUCUUUAAUUUCCUCCUCCUCCUCCUCCUCCUCCUCCUCCUCCUCCUUCGUCAAUGUGUUUGUGCGCGAUGUGUGGACCUGGGCUUGUCGUGCGUGUGUGAAAGGUUUAAAGCACCUCAAUCUGGUGUGUCUGACUUGGUCGUCUUCUUCAUCGUCUUGGGAGAUGAUCGUCGGCGAGGAUCUUUACGGCAUUUCGAUCGGUCUUCCGCGAAGCUAAACCAACAUUUUGGCAACACCAAUAACACAAAGAAAGGCGUGGGUGUCAGAGUGAGACAGAGCAAACAUAACUCCCCGGUGAGCGCGCGCGCUCUCUCGCGGCGCCGAAGCCAAGCUUGCUGUUUGAAGAAAUGUGACAAGCAGAUAAAACAAGACGAAGAAGAAGCAAAAAAAGGUGCAAUUUGUCGUUUGAUAAAUGUGACAGGAAUAAGCGAUGACCAAAAGUGGUCCUGUCCAGGACGGCGAGCGCGAAACAAGUGACAGAAAAUGCCGUUUUUCGACGUGCCAGCGGCGGUAUUGAAGCUGUAACGACAGCUACCAACCAACUAGGAGAAGGAAGAAGACGAAGAAAAGUGAAAGACUGUCGCCGUCGCGACUCGCGCUUUCACUCACAGAAGUUGAGGCUGAGUCAGGUUGGGCUGUGCUGUCAAAACGCUGGCAGCUUCCGAGUGAAGGGCGCAAGUGACGAUCGGGAUCGCGUGUCGGGUUUGUUUUGUCUCUUUUCGGGCAACGCGCAAUACUCUACAGGUGCGCCUCCCCGCGGGUGACGUAACACGUGCGCAAAGUGAUAGUGGGGAAGAAGACGAAGAAGAAAGCAAAGAAGAGACUGGGUUGUGUGCAUUCCAAAGUUUAUUUAAAAGUGCCGUUUCUUGAAUGAAUAAUCGCGCCUGAGUUCCAAAACCAACCCGAAUGGUGGUAUUGUCGAUUGCGUUGCUAAAGUGUUGAAAAUAGCAGAAAAAUGGGUUUCUCGUCGGCGCUGCAAGGCCGGGCGGCGCACGAGGCGCUGCUGAACCGGCAGGAAGCCGAGCUGAAGCUGCUGGAGACGAUGAAGCGCUGCCUGAUCCAGAAGAGCAAGUGCGACAAAGAGUACGCGGCCUCGCUGGCGGCCGUCACGCAGCAGGGCCUCAAGGUGGACCGGAGCGAUGAUCUGCAGGGAAGUCACAUCACCCGGGCCUGGCGAGCCUUCAUGGAGGAGCUCGAGCACACGGCCAAACAGGUCAAAGCCAACGCCGAGCAGCUCGAGUCCGUCUGCUUGGACAAGCUGGCCCACCUGUACCAGGACAAGCGGCGCGUCCGGAAGCAGUACCAGGAGGAGCACACCAAAAUCGCGACCAAGUUUAGCCAUAUAACAGAAGACGUUGCGAGGAAGAAAACCGAGUAUCAGAAGCAUCUGGAGUACUACAAAAUGCUGCGAGGGCGAUUUGAGGAGAUUAUCAAAUCUGGCCGCUCGGGCCGCAAGCUGGACGACGUCAUCGACAAGUACCAGAAGGCGUGCCGGAAGCUACACCUGGCGCACAACGAGUACGUGCUGCUGCUGAGCGAGGCGGCCGAAAUCGAGAAGGACAUCCGGACGAUCCUGAUGCCGGGCCUGCUCGAGCACCAGCAGUCCCAGCAGGAGGGCUUCAUCCUGACGUGGCGCAACCUCCUCCAGGAAAUCUCCAAACUGGGCGACACCACGUCGGACCGGUUCAGCGAGAUCCAGCAGCGGAUAGAGUCCACCAUUGCGAGCAUCAGCCCCGCCGAAGAGUACCGGGAAUUCACCGAAAAGCACAAAACCAACCCCACGGCACCGGUCGCGUUCCAAUUCGACGAAGCGCUCGUCGAGGACAGUCUCGGGAAGCUGCAGGCCAACACCCUGACGGUGGACAACCUGACCGUGGACUGGCUGAAGGCUCGCCAGACGGAGCUCGAGGGAUCGAUCAGAGAUCUGCAGGAGGUGCAGAGCAAGCUGUGCCAGGACGGCGGAGGAGGAGGAGCGGCGCUUAACAACAGCCAGACCAGCCUCAACGGGACCAACGGAACAACUGCCAACGGGAACGGCACGACGUCGCCGUCCGCCAAACCGUCCACACCGAUACUCAACGGGUCCAACGGAACUAGCGUUAAGGAUAGUGGUAAUAAAAGCUCCAAGGAACUGAUCGCGCUACGCUGCCAGGAGCGACAGAUGCAGAAGCAGGUCGAAAUGAUCCGGGCCGCGCUCAACGACGUGGGCUGCGAGGAGCUGCCGUCCGGCUGCGACGACAUUUCGACGAUGGCGCCGGCGAUACUGCUGGAGAACAAAAAGUCCAUCAGCCAGGACCUGUCGGAAGAUUCCUCGCACAACACUUCGAGUACGCCAUUUUUUGCCAGCGGCAAAGGUGCCGCCACUAGCGUAAUGACCCUCAUCCGGGACCAGUUCCGACGGAAGUCGGCAGCGCCCGGUACGAAUACGACGCCUGCUUCGACGCCACGACCGGGCCAUCGAUUGACCUCGACAGCAGAGGCACUGAAGAACGGAACCAACGGAGAAGGUUCAUCCACGGUAAAUGAGUGUGACCCGUGUGAGAAUGUGUAUCAGGAGCCGGUGGAACUCUUCGGGCGGGAGCAGGACGACCACCAGGAAAACCGCGCCUCCACUAACACCUAUGUCGACAUGGAAGCUAACCUGCUGCAGGCCGAGUUUGAGUGUGUUGCUACUACCAUUGUUGCGAGUGCUACUACCAAUACUGCUACCACCACUACCAGUACUAAUAACUUGGGGGGACUUGGGUUUGACCAGGAGGAUCACCGGAAGUUGCUGCUGGAGCAUGACGACGAUGGAAUCGCGAGCUACCGGCGGUUAAAAGGUAGUGAAGAGAGUGAGGUUAUGUUGCUGAACUCGCUAAACUCACCGGAAGAUCAGUCCACGUCGGAUGAGCUGUACGCGAACGACAUGAACGACUCAAAGAAUAAUCUACUCCAGGAGGACGGAACAACGUACGAGGAACCGCUGCGGGUUACGCACAAAUCCUCGAUCGAUGCCCACCUGGACAGUAUCGACGAGCUAAACUCCAAGCUCGAUCACAAGCUGUUCAUGAAGGUCGAGCAGAAUGAGUACACCAACGUGACCGUUGGAAGUUCAACUGUGGAAGAACCGAAACCGCUGGAAAGGGGUUCGGAGAAGGCCAGCUUCCGAGACAAAAUCAAGCGGAAGAUCAAGAUCAAGAGUGCGGACUCGGAGAGGCUGGACGAAACCGACGAACCAGGCAACAGCUUCGCCGAUCGUUUGCGCAGCAAGGUUUCAAACCUCAAAAAGGGCGACGAGUUCAAGCUGAUGAAGAACGAGAGUGGCGUCGCGGAAACGCCGAAAGACACGCCGGACGAAAAGCGAAAGAAAAAGAAGAAGAAACGUGGCAAGAACCGCAAUCAGACGUUUUCGGAAGAUGAACUGCUCGGCGAUGAGCUGAACGACACGGCAGCGGAAGCCGGAACGGCUUCAUUCUCCAGCUCGGUAAUGUCCACCUUCCGAGAGAUCAUGCACUCCACCAACAAGGUUAAGGACUCCUCCAUAAACAUGGCGCUCCGCCACCAGCAGCACAACCCCGAAAAAGUCGACUUGAUCGGCGGCAGCAAUCGCCUAACCACCAUCAAGUUCAUCUUUUCCGACGCGAACCGCCAGGAUUCGUCCAGCUCGCCGCCGGAAACACCGGAACACCUUCUUCGAAGCGAAUCCCACUAUUCGGCACCGGCGACGAACGCCGACGCCACCACGGAAGCUUCCGACUUCGUCGAUUGCAGCACGAAAGGCGCUGCGUCGACCGCGGAGUCGACCAAACUUUCGUCGCUGCUCAAACAUAACCUUAAAAAUCGCUUCAAGAAGCUACUGACCAACAGUGGGCCGACGCCGACGGUUCCGGUACCGCCGGAAGAUCCCACACUUUGCCGGGCUUGCAGUCGACGGUUUCAGCGAUUGCAUCCGAGCAAAACGGUGCUGGACUUUACGCGGGAAUUUCCCAACGGCGGACGCUUCUGCCGAGACCAUGGCGGCGACGCGUCCACCGAGGAUGAGCUGGACGGUGAAGAUGAGGACGAGGGAAGCUGGUUAAAUCUCGAGUAUGAGGACAUUGAUGUUAUUACUAUUAAGAACCAUAACCUAACUAGCGCUAGUGGUGUUGACGAUAACGGUCGUACUGACGAAAAUAGUGCCGAUGGUAUGACCCUCUCGACGAACCGGCCACUGUACGAGGAAGAGUGGUUCCACGGAGUGCUACCGAGGGAGGAAGUGGUCCGGUUGCUGCGCAACGAGGGCGACUUCCUGGUGCGCGAAACGACCCGCAACGACGAAAGCCAAACCGUGCUGAGUGUCUGCUGGAACGGACACAAGCACUUUAUCGUGCAGACGACGGCGGAGGGUCACUUCCGCUUCGAGGGUCCAGCCUUCCCGAGCAUUCAAGAACUAAUCAUCCACCAGUACCAGUCGGAGCUGCCGGUGACGGGACGUUCCGGAGCGGUCCUGCGCAAGCCAGUAUUGAGGGAGCGGUGGGAGCUGAGCAACGACGACGUGGAUCUCAUCAGUAAAAUUGGACGGGGCAACUUUGGUGAUGUGUACCGGGCGAAGCUCAAGUCUUCCAAAAAUACUCUGGUGGCGGUCAAAACGUGCCGGAUGACACUGCCGGAGGAGCAGAAACGCAAGUUCCUGCAGGAGGGCCGCAUCCUGAAGCAGUACGAUCAUCCGAACAUCGUGAAGCUGAUCGGAAUUUGCGUCCAGAAGCAGCCCAUCAUGAUCGUGAUGGAGCUGGUGUCGGGUGGCUCGCUACUCAUGUUCCUGCGGAAGAGCGCUGGCACUCUGAGCCAGAAACAGCUGAUGGCCAUGUGCCGUGACGCGGCCGCAGGUAUGCGCUAUCUGGAGUCGAAAAAUUGCAUCCACCGGGAUCUGGCCGCCCGAAACUGUCUCAUCGGAGUGGAUAACAUCGUCAAGAUCUCCGAUUUUGGAAUGUCACGUGAGGAGGAGGAAUAUAUCGUUUCCGGCGGUAUGAAGCAGAUUCCGAUCAAGUGGACCGCCCCGGAGGCGCUCAACUUCGGUAAGUACACCUCCCUGUGCGAUGUGUGGUCCUACGGGAUCCUGGUGUGGGAGAUCUUCAGCCGUGGCGACACGCCCUACUCCGGCAUGAGCAACUCGAGGGCUCGCGAGAACAUUGACGAGGGCUACCGGAUGCCGGCGCCGGACAACACGCCGCCGGAAAUGUACCGCCUGAUGCUCAAGUGCUGGUCGUACGAGGCCGAGAAUCGGCCCCACUUUGACGAGAUCUACACCGUGGUGGACGCGCUCAUGCUGUGCCAAAAGACGAAGGACUUCCGGCGGAAGUCGCUCGAAACAAAAACAGUGUCUUUCGUGCCGCGGCGGAGGACGACCGUGGAGCUUCGGGGUUGGCCGCCGACACCGACGACGGGGGACCAAAGGAACGACUACUGCGUCCACCGGUUCCACGUACUUGUGCUCCUCGGUGGCAUUGCUUGCCGGUAAAGCUUGAACCUCCCGAGGUUCGGCCACCGAAGAUCUGCUUUAGACGAGGGUUUGUCCGGUGGAAGCUAACAGUUUUGCUAUUUUUGGUUGCGUUUCGCAAUUAAAACCUGUCAGACGCAACCAGAAGUGAUCACAAAGAACGCAACCAAUAAUAGCGGAGACCCUCUGUACGCAUACUCAAACCAUGUGAGAAUUAGCUUUUCCGUCAUUUUAACUUAUUUUAAGCAGACCUGUUUUUAGCGAAAUCAAGCAAAUCUAGCUUAAGUUGCCAAACACACUCAAAAUACAACGAAAACUUUUAAGAGCGCAGCAAAUGUAUAGAUCAAGAAGCGGAACAAAAUUAAACAAGUCGAGAUUUGAACAAUGUGAGUAGCUAGAGUAGUGGAAAGUGUAGUAUGUAGUUAAGAAAUAACGAAAAGUGAGAUCGAAUGAGUUUUGCUAUAGUUAGGAUGGAAUGUGAAAAGUUGGAACGCGUUAUGUGAUUUGAAAAGAUUUUAUCCAUUAAGUUAUGUUAGUCGUUUUAGCUUGUUGCACAGUUUAUUGAAAAUGCUUCUUUAUUUCUUUUAAAAGUUUAGGAAACUAAAAUACACAUUUUAUCACACGCUUAAGGAAGCCGACAGUAAUGCAGGUUAUCGUCAUUCAGCAGUGUAUGUAAAUUAUGAUAAAAAAACGCACACAUUUUUUGUAUGCAGCUAUUUAUAGAAGGUGAAUAUUUAGUAAUGAAUUAUACAUAAUUCGAUAAGGUUUCGAAGCCGUGACUCGAGGUAAAUAAUAUUCACGUAAUAAACAAUACAAAAACAA